AUGCCGAUUCUCUGUCGAAAUUGGGUUCGUUCACCGGAAGACGACAUGAUACUUUCUUUCUUUCUUUCUUUCUUUCUUUCUUUCUUUCUUUCUUUCUUUCUUUCUUUCUUUCUUUCUUUCCUUCGUUUCCUUUCCACCAUUUUUUGUAAUUUCUUUCUUUCUUUGAACUUUACUUUCUUUUCUUUCUUUUUCUUUCUUUCUUUCUUUCUUUCUUUGAACUUAUACGUUUCUUUCUUUCUUUCUUUCUUUCUUUCUUUCUUUCUUUCUUUCUUUCUUCUUCGUUCCUUUCCUCCAUUUUUUCUUCUUUCUUUCUUUUCUUUGAACUUUCUUUCUUUCUUCUUUCUUUUCUUUCUUUCUUUCAUUUUUGUUUUCUUUCUUUCUUUUGAACUUAUUCUUUUCUUUCUUUCUUUUUCUUUCUUUCUUUUUUUUUGUAAUUCUUUCUUUCUUUCUUUCUUUCUUUUUUUUUUCUUCUUUUUCUUUCCUCCAUUUUUCUAUUUCUACCUACCUACCUACCUACCUACCUACCUAUCUAUCUAUCUAUAUGGGUUCUUUUGUCUGUCUGUCUGUCUGUCUAUCUAUCUAUCUAUCUAUCUAUCUAUCUAUCUCUUAACCUCUUCAAAUUUAUUUAUCUAUCUGGCUUCAUCUAUCUAUCUAUCUAUAGAGUUUCGUAUAUCUAUCUGGAUUCGUAUAUCUAUCUAUCUAUCUAUCUAUCUAUCUAUCUAUCUAUCUAUCUAUCUAUCUAUCUAUUAUAUAGCCCUCGCCCAGAAACUCUAA